AAUGAAAACAACUCUCAAUCAUCAACUUGAGGGUAGGGAAUUUUCGUAAUUUUUCCAACACUAGGAAGUUACCGUAAUUUUUUAAAUUUCAGGGGAAUCUUGUAAUUAAACCAAAGAAUAAUUCUCACCGGACAAACUCAAAAUCGAAAAAACAACCAUUAUCCAUUUGCCCUAAAAAAAAUUCAAUCGGCCACCGAUGAGCACCCAAAUUUUAGCGCCAAAAAAAUAAUAAUGCUCCAUUUUCCUGCCCUUCUUCUUCGUCACUUCCCUCUCCGUAACCCUGUUUCCUUCUUCUCCUCUCCUGCGAAUUCAUUCAAGCCCGUUUUCCUUCCGAACGUCCGCAACAGCCCGACCCGAAAUCCUAAUGGGUUGAUGUUAUUGAGGCCGCCGGCGAAUUUUCCAGGCAUUUCCCUAGGGAACUCGUCGGUUUACCAAUAUUUAAGUGAUGAGGAUUUCGACGUGGAGUUGGGCCGUCUCCUUGCCCUACUGCCGGAGGAGAUGCGGCGGAAGAUCAGUGACCAUCCGGAGCUCCACUACCUGAUCGAGGUGGUCAUGGAUUUGGGCCGGAAGCCACUUGCUCGCUUCCCUUCCGGUGACUUCGUCUUGUGGGAUCGUCCCAUUACUAUGGAAGACCUUGAUCAUGCUAUUUCUCAGGUUGGGGAUUUUGCAAUUGAUAAUAGAGCUGGAAUUAGCAGAACUCUGCAUAGGAUUAGUGCUAUUAGAAACAGGAAAGGUGCAAUCAUUGGGUUAACUUGUCGUGUUGGAAGAGCAUUGUCAGGAAGUGCCAAUUUGCUGAGGGAUUUGGUCAAAGAUGGGGCUUCAUUACUGCUCAUUGGUCCUCCAGGCGUUGGUAAAACAACAAUCAUUAGGGACAUAGCACGGAUGCUUGCAGAUGACUACGAGAAGCGAGUCAUGAUUGUUGAUACGUCAAAUGAAAUUGGUGGAGAUGGCGAUAUACCUCAUGCAGGUAUAGGGAAUGCUAGAAGGAUGCAAGUGCCUCAUGCUGACAUGCAGCACAAGGUGCUGAUCGAAGCAGUUGAGAAUCACAUGCCUCAAGUUAUUGUAAUUGAUGAAAUUGGUACAAAACUUGAAGCACUGGCAGCAAGUACGAUUGCACAGCGUGGAAUUCAGUUAGUGGCCACUGCUCAUGGAGUCACAAUUGACAAUUUAGUGAUGAAUCCUGCAUUGGAUAUGCUUGUUGGUGGAGUGCAGAGUGUGACACUUGGGGAUGAAGAGGCCAGCCGGAGGGGAGUUCAGAAAACAGUUCAAGAGAGAAAAGGGCCAUCAACCUUUAGCAGUGCAGUUGAGAUAAUUUCCAAGACAGAACUACGAGUGCAUCGUAGUUUAGAGGCAACUGUAGAUGCUAUUCUUGCAGGACGCUACCCAUCUUAUCAAGUUCGAAAAAUAAGGGGAGUUGAAGAUGAAGCAGAAAACAGUUCAUCCCAUCAUGAUAUGUUGGACGUUAACAAUAAUAAUUUGCCUGAGAAUAGUUUAUUGGUGGAAGAUGAUGAGUUCCUUGACGAAGAUGAAACUUCAGGUGGUUUAGAUUUAAUCGAUGAUGAGAGGGUCUCUAAAGAUGAAACUGCACUCUGCGUCUUUCUUUAUGGGGUAUCUGAGGCUAGCGUGAUACAAGGAAUGAAGCAAUUAAAAGUAGAUGAGGCCAUCAACUUCACAGAUAAUAUUAGCGAAGCAGAUGUACUACUAGCUUUGCAGUCCAAGCUCAAAAAGAAUUCUCGUAUUCAAGCAGCUGCAAGAUCUCGUGGCAUUCCCAUUUAUAUCACAAAAGUAUGCACUUGCCCUGGUACCUCUUCUUUCGUUGUUAGGCCAAUUUGUUUAUUUGUCCACCUUUCAUUCCUACUAAAGGCAAACUUCCACAGACAAGUGCAGUGGCUCAGUUAAUGAAAGCCAUUCAGGCGCUAUUUACUGACUAUAAAGAUGGGUUAGAGUUUCCUGAAUCUGAAGCUGUGAUCAACGAGUCGGAAAAGAUUGAUGCACUGGAGGAGGCAAGAACAGCUAUAGAGCAAGUUGUGAUUCCUAGAGGCGAAGCAGUAGAACUACUCCCUAGACCACAGAAUCUGUUGCUUCUUCAGAAGGAUCUUAUCCGGAAGUACAAACUAAAAUCCGAAAGGGUUGGUGCAGUACCUCAUGUAAGGCUCCGGAUUCUGCCCUUUCAGAGUACCAAUACCGGCGAUGAGCAACUGAAUGAGGGGCUAGAUGAAGAUGAUGAACUCCUUAGAGCCCACAAGAGUAAUGGUUCACCCUACACUGUAGAUAAGUUGCCUAUCCUGCCAGAUACUUUAGCAUCGGAUAAUUAGCAACGUCAAGAAGUCUUCUUGUAAAGGCAGUAUCAGAAUAGGUAUCGAACUAUGCUCUAUUGUUAUAUAUUGUAAGUAAUGACUUAACAAAAUCUGAUUGAUACAUUCUUCCCCUUAAUAUCUCUUGAAACAUCAUGUUUACCUCUUUCUAACAAUCUGAAAUGGAGAAGCAUCUCUACCAAAAAGAAGAAAAGAAAAGAAAGAAAUGGAGAAGCAUACAAUGUCUACAAUGGGUUUGUUUAAAAGGUUUUUAUUUCAAUUUUUGUUCUUAAUUUGUGGGAUGUUUCAAGAGGAUCAAACUUAGC